AUGUGUGGACUACAGACAGCUAAACGCAAUCACGAUAAAGAAUCGGUAUACGCGUUACCACUUAUCUCAGAACUCCACGACAGGAUUCGCGGAGCAGAAUGGUUCACAACGCUCGACCUACGGGGAGCAUACAAUCUGGUCAGAAUGAAGGAAGGAGAGGAAUGGAAGACCGCGUUUCGUACACGGUAUGGCCACUACGAAUAUCUCGUUAUGCCAUUCGGGUUGACAAAUGCACCCGCAACAUUCCAAGCCUUGGUUAACGAUGUCCUGAGAGAAUUCUUAGACAUCUUUGCCGUGGCAUACCUCGACGAUAUCCUUAUCUACUCGAAAACAGAAGAGGAACACAAGAGCCAUGUGAAGCAAGUGCUUCGUGCUCUAAAGAAGGCACAUCUCCUAGUCAAACUAGAGAAGUGUGAAUUUCACAAGAAGAAAGUGAAGUUCCUAGGUUACAUCCUAACCACGAGUGGAAUCCAGAUGGACGAAUCCAAGGUUAAGGCAGUACAAGACUGGCCUCAACCAAAGAAUGUUAAGGAAAUACAAUCUUUCCUCGGAUUCGCGAACUUCUACAGGAGGUUCAUUGAAGGGUACUCGAAGAUCACAGCGCCACUGACUUCGAUGACCAAGAAAGAUCAACCCUUCCAUUGGGGAAUAGAAGCAGAGUCUUCAUUCCAGGAGCUGAAGAGACGAUUCACGUCCGCUCCCAUACUUGCGACAUUUGACCCAGAGAGGCAAAUAGUCCUGGAAACAGAUGCAUCAGACUAUGCCAUAGGAAUGUGCAUAAGUCAACCAGACGACGAAGGACGACUAAGGCCAGUUGCCUUCUACUCGAGAAAGAUGAUUCCAGCGGAACUCAACUACGAGAUCCAUGACAAGGAACUCUUAGCCAUCGUAACAGCAUUCGACGAAUGGCGUGUGUAUUUGGAAGGAUCCAAGUACCCAGUGAAGGUAUACACAGAUCACAAGAAUCUACUCUACUUCACUACGACCAAGGAACUCAACAGGAGACAGGUCAGAUGGUCAGAAACAUUGUCAAGAUAUAACUUUGAGAUCUCUUACAGGAAAGGGAAUGACAAUGCAAAAGCAGACGCGCUCAGCAGACGCGUAGACCACUCCAAGGAUACCAAAGCACCACCUGGAUCAAUACUGCGAUUGAACCCAGACGGAUCGAUGAGAUAUAACGAUUCAGUGCUUGCAGCUACUUUCACGAUCUCUGAUCAAGAUCAAGAGAGACAGCUCAUCAGGGCGUACCAAAAGGACAGAUUGGCGAGGGAAAUCAAAAAGAAACCCGAAAACUACCCAGCGUUCGAAAUACAAGACAGCGGGCUGAUCUUGUACAAAGGACUAGUGUAUGUGGCCAACUCUGCAAAGGAUACGAUACUUCGUCGGUAUCACGAAGAAAUGCCAGCCGGACAUCAAGGGAUUGACAAGACACUUGAACGGAUUUCAAGAUUGUACUACUUCCCACAAAUGAACAAAUCCGUCCGAGAAUAG